AUGAAUGGAGGAACUCGAAGCGGCGGCGACGUCGGAGUUAGUGGCCGGGGCGGCGACGAAAUCGGGGCCGCCGAUGCGAUUCAGUGGUCGGAGCCCGGAGGGGAUGCCGAGAUCGGAGGUGGCCGGGGUGGCGCCGUUCGAGUUGGUGGCCGGGGCGGCGACGUCGUGGCUCAGCCGGCUCGUCGUCGACGAAGAUGGGUAGAGAGGAAGAGUUGUCGACUGUGCGAGAGGAAGAUGGGUAGAGAUGAGUCUUCGAUUGUC